AUGGCGUCGUCGAAUCCCCAUAACUCGAGACCUGGGACCCCACGGAAGCGGUCGGAGAGUGUAGCGACCAGGUGGUCGCCCUCGAUCGAGACCACCAACGCUCGUCCCGAGAGCAGAGACCGGUCGCAAUCCGUUACGCACCAUGAAGGGCCGCGGCAACCCAGUACAGAGUAUGAUGGAACCCAUCGCGUGUUUCCUAUCCGGUCGGUCGUCUCGGUUGAUCCGACCGCGGCGCAAUCUGCCUCAACCCGUGCUCGGGGUGCGGCCUCCCCAACCCGCGAGGGAGCUCGCCAAUAUUCAAUCAUUGAUGAACACACCUGGAAUCAUCUGCAAUCUCAGCCUCAACCCUCUCCACCGCAGCCCCGAUGCGACCCAAAUCCGAUUAUACCCACAGACAUCCUCCGCCAUGAAACACAUGCCGCUAACGAUCAGGCUGAAUUGGCCACUCACUCCAUGGCAUCCCGAGUCGCUCAGCAUCCCGAAAUUUAUGCCAAGGCAACAAGUGACAGUCAGUCGGCGCGGAGCGGUACUCCUCUGCCUCAAGCACAAGCACCAGCUGCUUCUAGCGAGCCUUACGAUCAUGUUACAGCCCGGUUCAAGCACGUCAUGGCGGAGAGUGGCCAUGCUGUGCUCACAGGACGAGACGGAGCUUCGUUUCAAUACUGCGAAGAUGAGCCCAUCCGCAUUCCGGGUGCUGUCCAGAGUUUUGGCGUCAUGCUCGCUCUUCGAGAGGAAUCCCCCAAUCAGCUCGUGGUUCGUGUGGUGAGUGAGAAUUCACGGGACCUUCUAGGCUACUCGCCAAAACAACUUUUCGAGUUGGAAGAUUUCCGUGCAAUCUUAAACGACGAUCAAGCAGACUCUCUAUUGGAUCACAUCGAUUUCGUUCGUGAUGAUGCUUAUGACCCGAGCGUGGACGGCCCCGAAGUGUUCAGUUUGACCAUUCCCACUCCCGACGGUGAGAAACGGCGCUUCUGGUGUGCGACACAUAUCAGCCAGACCCAGAAAGAUUUAAUCAUCUGCGAGCUGGAACUUGAAGAUGAUGAGGUCAACCCGUUGAAUGUCGGUGGAUCAACUUCUCCUGGCAGUCCAACCGGAACCCUAGGGUCCUUUCCGACUCCAGACCAAUACGCUGCUAGCACCAUCAACAUCAGUCAGCCGCUUCGAAUCCUUCGUAAUGCUCGGCGACGAAAGGGUGAGGCAGCUGCCAUGGAGGUCUUCAGCAUUUUGACACAGAUUCAGGAGCAAUUAGGCCGAGCUAAUGACCUCGAUACUCUGCUUAACACCACGGCAGGUUUGGUCAAGGAGCUCACGGGGUUCCAUCGCGUGUUGAUUUAUCAAUUUGACAGCAGUUGGAAUGGCUUGGUAGUAGCAGAACUGGUCGAUCCGAAGGUCACCGUCGACCUGUUUAAAGGUCUUCAUUUUCCGGCGUCGGAUAUUCCUGCUCAGGCUCGUGAGCUCUACCAAAUCAACAAGGUCCGGCUUCUUUACGACCGAGACCAGGUCACAUCACGACUCGUCUGUCGGACGAUGGAGGACUUGGAAACUCCCUUGGACAUGACUCACGCUUACUUGCGAGCAAUGUCGCCAAUCCAUAUCAAGUACCUCGCCAAUAUGAAAGUUCGAUCAUCAAUGUCGAUUAGUGUCAACGCUUUCAACGAUCUCUGGGGCCUGAUAUCUUGCCACUCUUAUGGAAAGGCUGGUAUGCGUGUUUCGUUCCCUAUUCGGAAAAUGUGCCGUCUCCUUGGUGACACAGUCUCGCGGAAUAUCGAACGUCUGUCGUACGCCUCUCGCCUCCAAGCCCGAAAGCUUAUCAACAUGGUCCCUACCGAGGCCAACCCCUCGGGUUAUAUCAUCGCAUCCUCGGAUGAUCUACUACAACUCUUCGAUGCGGAUUAUGGUGCUCUUUCCAUUCGCGAUGAGACCAAAAUUCUGGGGGACAACAGUAACUCUCAAGAGGUGCUUGCUCUUCUGGAGUUUCUUCGCAUGCGUCAGAUGAACUCCGUUCUGGCUUCCCAUGAUAUCAUCAAGGACUUCCCCGACUUACAUUAUGGCCCUGGUCUCAAAGCUAUAUCAGGGUUGCUUUACGUGCCAUUAUCCACUGGCGGCAGUGAUUUUAUCGUCUUCUUCCGAAAAGGUCAACUUACUGAGAUCAAGUGGGCCGGCAAUCCCUAUGAUAUUGCAAAGCGAAAGGAGACUGCAGGAUACUUGGAGCCUCGAAGCAGCUUCGCUGCAUGGCGGGAGACCGUACUUAGUCAGUCCCGCGAGUGGUCCGAAACCGACGUGGAGACCGCCGCCGUUCUUUGCCUUGUCUACGGUAAAUUUAUCAAAGUGUGGCGUCAGAAGGAGGCCGCCAUGCAGACCUCGCAGCUCACCAAACUGCUUCUGGCGAAUUCCGCCCACGAGAUUGCGCUGGAAGGAGCAUUGGAUUCGGAAACCCGAGAUAGUUUGACCAAGUCACACUCCGCCUCCAAAUCCCUGAUCUAUGUCAUCAAUGAUCUUCUGGACCUUACCAACACCGAAAAAGGCCAUGAGCUUAUUAAAGACGAGAAAUUCGAUCUUCAGACUACCUUCCGGGAGGCGACUGAUAUGCUGGCUGGCGAAGCCAAGCGGAAGAAUAUCUCGUACACUGUGUCCGCUCACCCGGGUCUCCCUCAUAUGGUACUUGGCGAUCAACGCCGUGUGCGUCAAGUUUUCUCCAACGUCAUCGCCAAUGCCAUCCAGCAUACAGCCUCCGGAGCCGUUACCUUCAUGGUUGUGGAUACGGGAGCUGGCAUGUCAAAAGCCAAGUUGGAGGCUAUUUUUCAUGAACUCGAGCAAGUGUCCACAGAUGAACACUAUUACCCAGAAGAGGGACAGGAAUUGGAAGAAAAGCCCGCGAGGAAGCGUGCCCUAGGCCUUGGCCUCGCGUUGGUUGCACGAAUUGUUCACAACAUGCAAGGUCAGCUUGGGGUAAAGUCAGAAGAGGGCAAGGGCAGUCGUCUCAAGAUUCUUUUGCAUUUCAAACUUCCGGAGGGAGCUUCAACAGAGACACCGGACAAGGCGGCUCAGCCUGGCCACGAUCCUGUACCUCCCACGCCCAUGCUCUCCGAUCGGGAGUUCACCUUGGUUGGUAGUGGUGCGGCUGAUUGCCGUGAAGCCCGACGACGCAGCUCCGAAAGUCUUCGCAGUGGAGGCAGCUCACGUAGUGGCAAGAGUCAGGCUGAUCGACUGAUCAGCGCCAUUCAGGAGCCGUCUCUCAUAAAGCGAACCCACAGCGAGAGCCCCGACGUGCGUCAACUGAGACAGUCAACCAACCCUAUCAGUGCAAACAAGUGGUCGGCAACGAUGGGCUCGCCACGGCCAGCUAGCCUCAAAAGGUCGUCCAUGACACAAGAUCCCCUUGCUAGUCUGUCAACAGUCACACACACUCCACCGCUUACAUUGCAACCAUUCAAAUCCCCACCUGCUCCCGGCACGGAAAGUAUCACUGAUUCCGGUGUGCCUAUGGGACCUGUUCGUAUCUCCGAACGGUCUGCUCAGUAUCGAUCUCAACAAGUUGCUGAUCAAUCCUACUUUCCCCCCAUGCCUGUAUCGGCGACCGAUCCAUCAAUUGCCACCUCGGCAGCAGGUGCGCCUUCUACAGCACCCACCUCAAUUCCUCCCACUACCUCGCCAUUACUUCAUGUUCUUGUCGCAGAAGAUGACCCUAUCAACAGCAAGAUCGUUCACAAACGUCUUACCAAACUUGGCCAUUCUGUCCUACUCACCGGUCACGGCGAAGCAUGUGCCAAUGCAUUUACCUCAGGGAGCCAAGUCUUCGACGUUGUCCUGAUGGACAUCCAAAUGCCCAUUGCCGACGGCAUGGCCGCUACUAGGAUGAUUCGUGAAUUCGAAGCCAAGAAGGCUCCAGUUUCGCUUUCGAAUGAAGGUCAGCGGACCUCUCGCGUUCCCAUAUUUGCCGUGUCUGCAUCACUUCUUGAGUCAGAGAUGCAGAAGUACGUUGAUACGGGCUUUGAUGGCUGGGUCAUGAAGCCAAUUAACUUCGCAAGACUCAAUAUUCUGCUGCGCGGGAUUUGUGAUCUUGAAGUAAGGAAAGAUGCCACAUACAAGCCAGGUAGUCAAUGGGAAAAUGGUGGCUGGUUUGAUCAGUAA